GCGCCGAGUCCCGCAGCGCCGAGCCCGGCCCCGCCGCCAUGAGCGGCCAGCGGCGGGCGGGGAAGACCGCAGCGGGCGGCCCCGGGCAGCCCGCCCCGCAGGGCCCCGGGCAGCCCGCCCCGCACGGCGCCGGGCAGCGCGGGGCGGCCUCCCGCGCUCGGCGGGCCGCGGGCGCUGCUGCUGCUGUGGCGGGCGGCGCCGAUGGGUGCGGGGCGGGCGGCGCCGCGGGUCGGAAGGCGCCGGGAAGCCAGGAUAAUCUUCAAGGGUGGAUGACAGAACCAACCAGCCUUUCUGCAGGUGCAGAGCAGAUAGAGGAAAAAGAGAGCGCUGCAAUGCGGUUGAUGAAGCAUGGAAAGGAAGUUGGGGUUCCUUCUAAUGAACUUUCUUCAGCAAAUGCAGCCACUGACCAGAAAGGGCGACCUGCAUCGGAAAUAAGGAGCAGCUACGGGUACCACAGUACUGCGAGACCUGAAAACUCAGAUACGAUUAAAUCACUUGUGACAGAUCACGAUGCAUCUAGAAACUCUGAGCUCUGUCUACCUGUGUAUGGUAGUUGUUCAGCAAUGGAGCCAUCUGAGGACAGUGAGGAGGACAUGUAUCGUGAUGCAGAGGAAAUAGAGAGAGAGAAAAUAUUACUUUGUGAGACAAGCUUUUCAGAAUAUAAACUAAGUUUUACACCUGAAAUGGACAUCAUGGAGUAUUGCAGAAAAGAAUGGAGAGGAGAUACACCAGUAGCAAAAAGAAUGAGAAAGGGAUAUGAAGCAGUUGCUCAGAAGUUUGCAUCUAUAAGGAGAGUACGAGGUGAUAACUAUUGUGCUCUCCGAGCAACUCUGUUCCAGGCACUAAGCCAAGCUACCCAGUUACCAAGCUGGAUGGAGAGUGAGGAUUUUACUGUGCUUCCUGAAAAAUUAAUAAGCAAAUAUAAGUGGAUCCAGCAAUGGCAGCUCAAACAGAAACUGGGCAGGAAGAUGGGAGAAAUAAGUGGUGAAAUUAAAGAAUAUUUAAUCCUUCUAAGGAAAAAGUGGAAGAAUAUAAGUGAAAUCAAGGGUUCCACUGAGAAACAAGCAGCUUGUGAAAAAUUGUUUAAAAAUGAAGAGGAGGAGUAUAGUCUCUAUGAAGCACUGAAAUUUUUGAUGCUUAACACUGCCAUUGAAUUAUACAAUGAUGAUAAAAAUGGAAGGAGAGUUCCUGUGUUCUCGUGGUUACUGUUUGCACGGGAUACAUCUAGCAACCCUUGUCAGUUAAUGCAUAAUCACUUGAAUCAUAUUGGUCACAAUGGAGGCCUCGAACAAGUGGAAAUGUUUCUCCUUGCUUACACUCUGCAGUAUACCAUCCAGGUGUAUCGACUGUAUAAAUACAGUACUGAUGAAUUCAUCACACUUUAUCCCAAUGACCCAGAGGAGGACUGGCCUGUGGUGAUUCUCAUAACUGAAGAUGACAGACAUUAUAAUAUUCCAGUCAGAAUGUACCAAGAGACUAGGCUGUGAACAAGUUAUUUUUGGCAGACAAGCCUGUACUGCUUAUGGAGACUUCCAGUGCUGUUUAGAAACAGGAUGAUGAUGAAAUUCACAUGAUAAAAUCUACAACAACUUCAAAUCCAUAUUUUAAAAGUUUACAUCUGAACUAAAAUACCAAAUAGGUAUUAGCUUAAAGACUACAAAUUUUGCAAGUAUGGCCUGUGUUGGCAAAAAAACAAAACAACAAAAAAAAACUUCUGCAGCCCUUCUGUUGAAGGGCUUACUUGGAAUAGGAAUGAAAAAACUCUGGAUUUAUUUCUUUUAAGAAGAUAGGUGAGGCUCUGUGGUAAGACAUGAGCUAACCUUCUGCUCCCUGAAAUAAGGAGAUAAUGAUGAAUCAAAACUUCUGGAAAAGUAAGCUGGCAUUAUCCUCACUGCCUACCAAUGCUUAUGCUGUAAGAGAGGUGUUAUUUCCGGUGCUUUGGGUUUUUUUUCCUGUCAUGGAUAUCUCUUUAUUUAGAAGCCAGUUGUCUGUUGCACUGAAAAUAAACAGCUUUUUCUUUUUAAGCCUUUUGAAAGGAUCAUGGCAAAGACACUUGAUAACAAAAGGAGUAUAAAAGUUAUUUGUUAGUAGGUCACAAAUUCAAAACCUACAGAGAACUCCCUCUUCAGUUAUGACAACUGGUACUGGAUGACCACAUGCCCUCUGACUUCCGCAUCUGUUCUUAUGAUUGUUCCUGUAAAAUAAAUCUCGCUGGUAGCUGCUGUGGAGGACAUCAGGAUUUUCAUUUGUCCAGGGAGUGCAGGAUAUUGAGGUAAACUUCUGGUGCCACUUCUCUACUCUUAGGAGGAGUAUCUGGGAGUUUCUGUUUCUGCUUAGAGAUUUUCAUUAUGAUUUAAAUUGAAGGAAUACAGAAUAUAUCAGAUGCUGGGAGUGCCGACAUACCUAAUAAAAUAAUAAAACCUCUACCUUUAGUUCAAAGUGGACAUAUGCCCUACAGGUGACUCUCAGAACAAGGGAGUGAAAGUUGGCUUAAAUGAACUGUUGGUCAUACACAGAUCACUUGGUUUCUCUUAGGCCACCUUAUAGCAAAGGGGUAAGAUUAUAAAAACUACUUUUCCUUCAGAUAUUCUGGAAGAAAUGCAAAACUUCAAAUUCUCCUGUUUUGUUCUAAUUAAAAUGAAUUUGUUAACUUAUUCACU